AUGAUUGAAGCUGUGCUCAACGAUGCAGAGGAGAAGCAACUGACUAAUGGGGCCGUGAAAAUGUGGUUGGAUGAUCUCCAAGACUUGGCUUAUGAUGUGGAGGACAUUCUAGAGGAGUUCGCUACAGAAGUACUAAGGUGCAAGUUGGAGGAGGAUCAGGCUAGCACUAGCAAGGCUCAAAGUCGCAUCCCUUCUUGCGUCGGUGCUUGCAGACCAAGUACUAUUAAAUUCAAUGCUAGCAUGCGGUCCAAGAUAAAAGAUAUCACUCGCCGGAUGCAGGAUCUCUGUAAACAAAUAACUAAUCUUGGAUUGGAGAAGAUUGCUAGAGGGUCAUCAAUUCCUGCUGAAUGGCAAAGACCACCACCCACAACAAGUUUGCCAAUCAAAUCUGCUGUUUAUGGGAGAGAAGAAGAUAAAGCCAGAAUAAUCAAAAUCAUGUCAACCGCUGAAUCGGGUUAUGCCAACUUUCUUGUGAUUCCCAUUGUUGGUAUGGGAGGCAUCGUUAAAACAACUCUUGCUCAGCAUGUGUUCAACGAUAAGGCAAUGGAAGAUUUUAAGUUCGACAAAAAGGCAUGGCUUCAACUAAAAGAGGCAGUAUCUGGUAAAAAAUUCUUACUAGUUUUAGAUGAUGUUUGGAGCACUAAUUAUGGCUUGUGGGAAACAUUAAAAUCUCCUUUCAUGGUUGGAGCUUCAGGAAGUAUAAUAAUUGUGACAACACGAAAUGAAGAUGUUGCAUUGACUAUAGCGCCUGGUGUAUACUAUAACUUAAAGCUUCUAUCGGAUUAUGAUUGUUUGUUCGUGUUCAUGAAGCAUGCAUUUGACGACAGAGAUAUUGGUGCGCGUAGAAAUGUGGAAAUGAUCCGUGAAAAAGUGAUCGAAAAGUGUAGAGGCUUGCCAUUGGCAGCAGGGGCUCUUGGUGGACUUUUACACUCCAUGACAAGAGAUGAUGAAUGUGACAACAUACUGAACAGCAAAAUUUGGGAUUUUACCAAAUGA